AUGGGCGCCCAUUCACAGGUCGAAGAUGCUUACAGAUUUCAACUAGCUGGGUACAGAGACGAGAGGGAGUAUGCGGCAUGUAAAGGACCCGACUCCGUUGAGAGGUGGCCGGAAAAUGGCUUUGUGAAGAAGCUGCAGCGCAAGGACGGAAACUUCUACUACUACAAUCAACGGCGGGAGUGCGCAGACAAGGACGUAGGUGGGACGAAGAUCUACUCGUACGCUGAGCAAGAAGGAAAGUAGUGCGGUUGAAAUUGGGCCGCAACUGUCCCACUCAUGCAUAGUGCAAAUCACACGCCGCGCGCGACUAGGAAGAACGCCAACUGCAUUUAAAAUCUCUGAUUUUAGGCGUGGGGCCUCUGUAGGAUAAAGAUCAAAUGGAAAAGAAGUUGACCCCAAGUAUAUGCGAUAGAUUUCUCCAUGCGAUCUAAAAGAAUAUCAUUCGCAAAAUGCAAAUAUUAGCACUCGUGUGUAUGAAAUUCAUUUUUAGAUUCAUAGAUAUCUUGGCGAGUUGGUGUAUUAAAAAUACACUAGGAAAUUUAUAUAAACGUGCAUUCGUUAUAAUAUAAAUUUUAUUAUAUAUAUAUAUAAUGUAUGUUAUACAUAGAUAUAUGUAUACAUUCACGAUAGGUAUCUGUAAUAACAUUAACAG